UUUAGUGAAAAAUUUUAUUAUAUUGUUUAUUUCAUGGCCAUGGAUUUUGGUAUUAAUUUGACAUCUUAAUGAUGUAACCCAAUCUAAAGCUGUAUUUUUUUUUUUGGUGAAAAAUUUUUUUUUUUUUUGAAAAUACUGGCUGACUUUAUAAUGAUGAGACUAUUUCUACUUAGGUUUGCCCUUGUUGUGCAUACACUCUUUUACAUAGUUGUUCGUUCGUUUUGGAUAUACUAUGUGUGUGUGUAUCUCUUGCAUACAAAAAAAAACGUUGUACUUUUUUUUAACGUUUACACUGUAAGUGAUUUGGUUCUAUUGUUCUAACUUACACACAAUCAAGAAUCAACAAAUUUGUGGGAUUAAAAGCGAAAGACAACGAUAUAUGAUGGAUAAAAAACUUUCACCGUUAAAGCAAUAUAAUUUGCCAAAUAAAAAACGAAUUGAAGUGCCAUAUCAGGAAAAAAGUCAAUAUGAACUUAUCUUGUUGUGUCCAAAUACUUAUAUCGGAUCAGUUGAAAAAGAAAUCAAGAAAAUGUGGGUAUAUGACCAUCCAAAGGGAAUGGUGUUGCGUCAUGUUUCAUAUGUGCCUGGUUUGUACAGAAUUUUCGAUGAAAUUCUUGUAAAUGCCGCCGAUAAUAAGAUUCGUGAUCCGAAGAUGAGCUGUAUUCGUAUCGAUAUCAAUAGUGAAGAUAAUGAAAUCAGUGUCUACAAUAAUGGCCGAGGUAUACCGGUUGUUAUACAUGAAGAAGAAAAAAUUUAUGUUCCGACAUUGAUUUUUGGUCAUCUAUUAACAUCAUCGAAUUAUAAUGAUAGUGAGAAAAAAGUUGUUGGUGGCCGUAAUGGUAAUGGUGCUAAAUUGUGCAAUAUUUUCAGCACAUUGUUCAAGAUUGAAACAUCAUCACGGGAGUAUAAUCAUAGUUUUUCGCAAGUUUGGAAAGAUAACAUGAAAACCGCUGAAGAACCAAUCAUACGACCAUCGAAAGGUGAAGAUUUCACCCGUGUGACAUUUAAGCCUGAUUUGAAAAAAUUCAACAUGACACAUUUGGACAAGGAUAUUGUCGAUUUGUUUAGUCGUCGUGCAUAUGACAUAGCUGGAUCAUCCAAAGGCGUGAAAGUUUUUCUUAAUGGUGAAUGUCUUCCUGUUCGUGGUUUUAAAAGCUACGUUAAUAUGUUUAUCAAAGAUAAUGAAGAUGCAAAUAAUGAACCCUUAAAAUUGGCAUAUGAAGUAGUGAAUGAUCGUUGGGAAAUUGGCGUCGCUUUAAGCGAUAAAGGCUUUCAACAAAUUAGUUUUGUUAAUAAUAUUGAUACUACACGUGGUGGGACACAUGUUGAUCAUGUUGUCGAUCAAAUUAUUGAUAAACUAAUCAAAACGGUCAAGAAGAAAAGUGAAAAAUCAAAAGUUGAUCUCAAACCUCAUCAAAUACGCAAUCAUCUGUGGGUUUUUGUUAAUUGUCUUAUCGAUAAUCCAACAUUUAGUUCACAAACUAAAGAAAGGAUGACAUUGCAAAGUAAAAAAUUUGGCUCCAUUUGUGUUCCAACUAAAAAAUUUUUUCAAUCAAUCAUGGAAAUCAAAAUAAUUGAUUCAUUUGUUAACUGGUGUUUUUUUAAACAAAAAUUUGAAAUGGAUGCCAAAAUAUGUUCGAAAAAAAUCAUUGAUAUUCAAGAUAUACCGAAUCUUGAAGACGCCAAAAAAGCCGGAACAUGUAGUGCAUUGUAUUGUUCUUUGAUAUUGACAGAAGGGCAUUCAGCCAAAUCAUCGGUUACUGCUAGAUUAGGUGUUGAACGUGAUAAAUUUGGCAUUUUUUCAUUGCGUGGAAACAUGUUAAACGUUCGUGAGGCAUCGGAUAAUCAUAUUAUGGCAAACGCCGAGAUUAAUAAUUUGGUCAAAAUUCUGGGUUUACAAUACAAGAAAGAAUAUACAUCGAUUGAUGAUUUGUAUACACUCCGAUAUGGUAAAGUUCUCAUUAUGACGGAUCAGGACCUCGAUGGUUCACACACCGCAGGCUUAAUUAUCAAUUUUUUUCAUAAAUAUUGGCCAUCAUUAAUUAAUCUGCAAUAUCUUGAACGAAUUAUCACACCAAUUGUAAUGGUCAGCAAAGAAAAUUUUUUCAAACGUCUAUUCUAUUCUCUUCCCGAAUUCAAUGACUGGAAAGAUGAAAUUCCAAACAUUGAAUGCUACAACAUCAAAUACAACAAAGGAUUGGCCAGUUGGUCAUCUGCAGAGGCAAAUGAAUAUAUUUCGAAUAUGAAACGUAUCAAAAUACGUUAUGAUGAUGAUGUUGAUGACAAAGCAAUUGAUUUGGCAUUUAGUUCUAAAAUGAUUGAAACACGAAAACUAUGGAUCAAACAAGAGAUUAAAGAACGACGAAGAAGACGUGAUAAUGGUGAAAAAGAAAUCUAUCUUUAUGAAGAUAAAACAUAUGAAGUAUCAAUCAAAGAUUUUAUCUAUAAACAAUUGAUUCAUUAUUUUAUUAUGAAUAAUGAGCGUUAGAAAUGAUUGGAAAGAAGAGAGAGA